AUGGAUAAUUCCUUAUUUAUUUUCCGACAUGGGAAAGACAUGGCAUAUUUACUUCUAUAUGUUGAUGAUAUUGUGUUGGUUACAUCCUCAGAUAAAAUACGUGAGAGUAUUAUCACUCACUUACGGAAAGGGUUUCCGAUGACUAACUUAGGUCCUUUGAAUUAUUUUCUGGGUAUUGCUGUUACUCGUACUCCUUCUUACUUGUUUAUGUCACAGCAAAAAUAUGCACAGGAAAUUCUUGAGCAUGCAAGUAUGAGCAGUUGUAAACCUACACAAACUCCAGUGGAUACUCAAUCCAAACUCAGUGCAGACGCUGGACCUAAGUUUCAUGAUCCAACACUCUAUCGUAGUCUUGCAGGUGCAUUACAGUACCUCACUUUUACUCGUCCUGAUAUAGCUUAUGCAGUUCAGCAGGUCUGUCUAUUUAUGCAUGAUCCCAGAGUGGCUCAUUAUGAUGCAUUAAAACGGAUUCUGCGAUAUAUUCAGGGUACCAUUGAUCAUGGGUUACAUUUAUAUCCUUCGGCUCCUAAAAACUUGAUAACUUAUACUGACGCAGAUUGGGGCGGGUGUCCUGACACUCUACGCUCCACUUCCGGUUACUGUUGUUUUUUGGGUGACAAUCUUAUUUCUUGGUCGUCUAAGCGUCAGCCUACUCUUUCUAAGUCAAGUGCAGAGGCAGAAUACAGAGGCGUUGCAAAUGUUGUUUCUGAGGCUUGUUGGCUUUGUAAUCUUUUACUAGAGCUACACUGUCCUCUCCGGCAGGCCACUCUUGUUUAUUGUGAUAAUGUCAGUGCAAUUUAUUUAUCUCAUAAUCCCGUACAGCACCAACGCACCAAACAUGUUGAAAUGGACAUUCAUUUCGUUCGAGAAAAGGUGGCGUUGGGGCAUGUGCGGGUCUUACACGUUCCUUCCUGGUAUCAGUUUGCAGAUAUUUUCACAAAAGGCCUACCUCGACAACUAUUUGUGGAUUUCAGAUCCAGUCUUAGCGUACGUCCUCCUCCCGCUACGACUGCGGGGGUGUGA